AUGGCUCCCGCAUCCCGAUUGCCCGCUGCUUUGCAAGCCACCGAGGAGGACAUCUCUCUCCUCCUGACCGCUCAGACCCACAUCGGGUAAGGUUUUCCAAGAUCAUCCCGCUUGCCCUACUUCAGGCUGGAGUGCGCCGCGAGCCCUUUCACGGCCUCGCGAGCGACGGACCCGGAGCGUGUUCUUCAUGAGACUGACGUCCAUCCCUCGCUCUAUUCAUCAGUGCCAAGAGCGUCGAGAAGAAGAUGGCUCCCUACGUCUGGAAGCGUCGUGCUGAUGUAAGUACCGGAGAAGAAUCUCGGAGCCGGCGAAGACUUUCUUGUGGGACGCCCCGAGACAGGAGCUGCAUGGCGAUCUAAGCGACUCAUCCGUGCUAUGUUAUUUGUCUCGCAGGGCAUCAACGUCAUCAACGUCGGCAAGACCUGGGAGAAGCUCGUCUUCGCUGCCCGAAGUAAGUCCCAGGGAGAAAGCGAGCCCUGCCGGUAACGUCUUCAGGUCACUGAUUCCUUUGCAUCCUCGCCAGUCAUCGCCGCCAUCGAGAACCCCAACGAUAUCUGCGUCAUCUCGGCUCGCCCUUACGGUCACCGCGCUGUCCUCAAGUUCGCCGCCAACACCGGUGCCCAGGCCAUCGCCGGUCGCUUCACCCCCGGUAACUUGUGAGUUGGGCGCGGAAGAGAGCUGGAAGACAGCGACGUGCCAACCGCGCUGACCUUUGGAUCACUGUCGACAGCACCAACUACAUCACUCGCUCGUUCAAGGAACCCCGUUUGAUCAUCGUCACCGAUCCUCGCGUCGACCACCAGGCCAUCCGUGAGGCUUCUUACGUCAACAUUCCCGUCAUCGCCCUCUGCGACACCGACUCGCCCCUCUCGUUCGUUGACGUCGCGAUCCCGACCAACAACAAGUCCAAAAACUCGAUUGGUCUCAUCUGGUGGAUGCUCGCCCGUGAGGUUCUCCGCCUCCGAGGCACCAUCUCGCGUGCCCCUGGCGCGUGGCCCGUCAUGGUCGAUCUCUUCUUGGUGGGUUUUGUCCUCGCUGUGCUCCCAAGUUGGCGCUCGAAGACUUACGGUACCGUUUCCUCCACCCCUCACCCUCUCAGUACCGCGACCCCGAUGAAGUCGAGCGCGACCAAGAGGCGAUCAAGGCCGCUGCCGAGACCGAGGCCGCUCCCGCUCAGGAGCAACCUACGGCCGACUGGGAGGUCGAGGGCGCCAACGCGACCGUUGCCGCCGCCUCGACGCUCCCUGCCGCUACGGAUGCCGACAACUGGGGUGCCGAGACCACGACCGACUGGGCUGCUGAGCCCGCACCGGCCGCCAACGGCGCUGGUGCCAGUUCAGGAUGGUAA